ACACCCACCAACGUCACUGUGGACUUGACUCUCUAUGGAAUCUUAGGAGUUAAUGAAAAAGCACAGGUGUUGGAAACAUACCUGUGGGUGAGGAUGAGGUGGCAGAUUGAAGGUUUGAGCUGGGAUCCUGCUGAGUGUGGAACGAAAAAGAUCUCACUACCAAGAGAAAAGAUAUGGAUUCCAGACAUUGUCAUCAAUGAAUUCAUGGAUGAAAACCGUGCCCCAGAAACAUAUUACGUCUAUGUGACCAACACUGGUCUGGUGCUUGACGGACGACCGUUCCAUGUGAUCAGCUCUUGCAGACUAGACAUUUAUACCUUUCCGUUUGAUUUCCAAAACUGUACAUACACGUUCAACUCUUAUAAACACUCUCGUGACGAUGUUCAGUUGUUCUUCUUUCUGCCAGUGGAGCAGAUAUUCAAAAAUUCUCUUGAAGCGAUGACGACUAAAGGAGAGUGGGAGCUUAUAGACAUGAGAGCAGAAAAACCUGUACAGCUCUUUCUGGAAGGGGGAUGGGAUAACCUCAUUGUUUAUAUUGUCCUGAGACGUCGAGCUACGCUGUAUGUGGUGAACCUCCUGAUUCCCAGCAGCUUCCUGCUUUCUUUGGAUCUCUUCAGCUUCCUGCUGCCAGCUCAAAGCGUGGACCGCGCUUCCUUCAAAAUGACUCUCAUCUUGGGUUACACCGUCUUCCUGCUGCUAAUGAACGACCUGCUGCCUGUCACAGGCAACAACUUACCACUCAUAAAUGUGUUUUUCUCACUCUGUUUGGCUCUGAUGGUAGCAAGUCUCCUUGAGACUAUCCUCAUCACCAAUAUCCUGUUUGGUUCCCGUGACUUGCCUCCCUUACCCAAGUGGCUCAGGAUUCUGGUCCUGAAAUAUCUUGCUCGUCUUGCUUGUAUGAAGAAAUCAUGUGACAAACACUUUGAAGCAACCUCACCUGAGAGCACUUUCUACAAAAACACCAUGACUGAUAUUCCAAAGAAAGAACUAGUUGGCGCAAGUCCAGUUAGAGUCUGGGAUCAAUGCCUUGAUGAAAUGAAGAAGAUGAGCACGGAUUUAUUGGCCAUUCGUCACCAAGUUGAAGAGCACUUCAGUAAUGACAACAGAACAGAUGAUUGGUUCAUGUUCGGUCAGGUCAUUGACCGUCUAAUGAGUUCGACCGAACGGAUCUGA